AUGUCCGCCGCUGAAGAGGAAAAUAUCGCUGAAUCCGGCGACGAUCUCUUGGUCGACGACCUUCCCGAAGGACUACUCGAUGACCUCGCGAGCUCCCCUGACCACCCUGCUGCGAAGAAGCCCUGCAUGGACCCCGGUGCUGGCCCUGCUAGCUUCAACUCCCCCUCCACCUCCUCCGACUCGGCGCUGGCGCAGCCCGCGCCGUCUUCUGUGCUCCUCGCUGCCGCUACUGCUCCCACGUUGACUCAGCAAGGCCAUGCGCCCUCUCUGGCAGCAACAGCUGCCGCCCCCAACGUCCCGGUUCUCCGCGCUGCUGCCUACGCAACGGCCGCCUCCGGCGCUAACCCGGCUCCCGCGCUGCCCGCCUCGCUCUUUGCCUCAUCCGCGCCCGGCGGACCCCCCCGCAACCUCCGCCGUGCGCGCACCUCCGCAGCCACCCCGAUGCUCCUUCCCCUUCGCCGCCGCGUGGUAGUCACGCUCCUCCUCCCGGAGGCCGUGUUGGAGUCGCACCGCACGGAAAUCCUCGCCGGAAUCAACGCGCAGCUGUGCGGCUUCAUGUUCGAUUCGGGCAUCAUCCCCCCCUUCGAGCACACUGUCGGCGACUCCCUCCGCGUGGCCCGCCACGUGUACGGCCGCCUGCUGUUCUCUUGGCCGUCGCAGGAAGACGCGGCUGUUUUUCGCAAGAUUUUUCCUCUCAUGCUGAAAAUCUCCAACUCCCGCCCCGUCAUGUUGAAGGUCUUUGUUGAUCGGUAUGAAGCUUUUACCGCGGCAAAGGCAGCCGGCGCUCCUACCCUGUCUAUCCGAAACGUCCCCCUGGAGAUCGAUCCGGAGGAGAUCCGCGCCUUCCUCCUCGGGUCCACCGAGGAGGAUGGUUCGCAUUGGCUCGCGGAUCUGACUGACUUUCACCGCGCUUCCGACCCCUACGAGAACACCUUUUUCACUCACCUCGCAGGACUCCCGGUCGCCACCCCCGAUGACCCGAAUUUCGAACGAAUCCCGUCCGAAUUCCUGCUGGAGGAGAACAAGCCAACUAUGCUGCUCAAUUUCUCCUGCCACGUGUGCACGCUGUGCGGUAACAACCACCGCGCACCGGACCACGAGACUUUCGCUGCCCGCCGCCGAGGACGCCUCACGAACAAGAACACCAUCUCAAUCGCUCAGCUGCAGCAGGCAAACGAGCCCCCGCCCCCCACUGCCUUGCUGUCCCCCCCCCGCACGGCCGUCCGGGCCCCUGCCACCCCCACUUUCAUUCUGCCCCUACCCACUCCCCUCGUUCCCUCCCUUCUCACUCCUCUCCCUGUGCCAACUGCCCCCCCUCACCCUGUCCUCCCCCCUGUCACCCACCCCUCCCUUACAGCCCCCCACCCCCCGGCCCCCCAUGUUGUGGGGCUCCCACUCAACCCCUUUUCCCCCCCACGCCACCCCCCCCUCCCUGCUCUUUCCAACACAUGCAGGCAAGCCCCCGCCCAAGGACGCUCAGCCCCUGUCACCUCUGUACCCUCCUCUCCCCCCCCUACAGUCGGGCCUCCGCCCACCCUCACGACUCCCCCAUCUUCCCACACCCCCCACGCAAUCUCCGCAUCGCGAAAUCUCUUUCUCACCCAUGAUCCCCCACCCCCUGCCCCUACCCACGUCAACCCCACCCCCCACUACACUCCCGCCCCUUCCCCCUCGGAGGACAGUACCCCGCCCUCCCACAAGCUCGCCCCCCACCCGCACCCCCCUCCCACUAGCAGACUGGACCCUCCUACGGAACCCAUCUGCAACCGCCCCCUGCCGAUCCACCCCCCUCUGGCUCCUUCUCCCCCCCCCGCCUGGGCCCCCGAACACCCCUGCCCCUCCCCCGCACCUCCCACCCCUCUCUGCACCUCCCUCCACCCGCAGCCAACCAGACCUCAUGGCAACUCUUUGGGCAAUCAUGCCGCGCCGACCGCCUUCGGCAACGACCCCGGCCUCCUCUACAUUGGGCUGGGCGAUUGGGUCGAAUAUUGGACCUGCGCUCUCUGCGACUUCACCUGCGGCGCUGCCCUCGACAGCGCCAUGGAGCAUAUCCAGUCCGACCUGCACGUCAACCGCGUGAAGGCCUCCGCUCACCGCCCGGCUGCCAAGGAAGAAUUUGGCCCCUGGCGCGCACUCACCCUGCUGCAGCAGAAGGCCCCGGUGGCUGCCUUCCUUCGCGGUCGCCCUUAG